CAGUUGUUAUUUACAGGCACGGUGCUGGGAGUUGUCUGAUUUAAACUCAAAUUUGUGACAAAUUAAGUGCCAUUAACGUGGUAAAAAUAGUUCAAGUGAAGCAUUAACCUUGUUAGAAGAAGAAAAAGCACUAGACUCGAUAUAAACAUUCCAAUUAAAACCAAAAACCCCUUAAAAUGCCCGAACAAGCCGCAGAUCAGGAAAACCAGGCUCCGCAGCAGCAGGUGGCCACAACAGUGCCUGCUUACAAUCCUGAGGUCCUGCAAGACAUGCUGCCCGUGUAUUACAGACGCCUCUUUCCCCACCAGCCCUUCUACCGAUGGCUUUCCUAUGGGCUGAGUGAAGAACACAUUUUCGAGAAUCGUGAGAUUUCCUUUACUCUUCAGGACGACAUCUACAUCCGUUACCUGUGCUUUGAUACGCAAGCUGAGCUGGAAAAGGAGAUCUGCUCGAGGAAUCCUGUUAAGAUCGAUAUAGGUCCAGUGAUGCACACCAGACCCAGGAAUCAUCGCUCUAUUCCGGGAGGAUUAACCCCCGUGCAGCGUGAGCUGGUCUUUGAUAUCGACAUGACGGACUACGACGAUGUACGCACCUGUUGCUCUGGAGCAGGGGUGUGCCUUAAGUGCUGGAAGUUCAUGGUGCUGGCUGCCAGAAUAUUGGACGUGGCUCUACGGGAGGAUUUCGGUUUUGAGCAUAUUAUAUGGAUUUUCUCAGGUCGACGAGGCAUCCAUUGCUGGGUUUGCGACCACCAAGCUCGUCGUCUGGAUGGACGUGGUCGUUUUUCGGUGGCUGAGUACCUGAACAUCAUAUCGUAUGUCAACAUUUCGGGCAGCAACUCACCCAGAUGUGCCAUGGGUGAUCGCCCGCAUCACAGCAUAAAGAGAGCUUUGAAGAUUGCGGAGCCCAUGUUCGAGGAGAUCAUUUUGGAGGAUCAGAAUCUGUUUGGCACUCCAAAGGGAGUUAGCAAGCUAGUAAACAUGGUUCACGAUGAUCCGGCACGGGGCGAGCUGGAAUCGUAUCUGCAGAAGAAUCUGGAGGAUGGAGCCCACUCGCGACUGGUGUGGGAGAGCUUCAUUAAGUACGCUAACUCCAUGAGAACCUCCACGGCGAAUGCCUGGAGCCGUAAACUGAAGAACAUAGUGCAGGAAGUGCAGCUGGGACUGCUCUAUCCUCGUUUGGACAUCAACGUCACCAGGGGCUUCAACCAUUUACUGAAGGCUCCAUUCUGCAUUCAUCCAGCUACGGGAAAGGUAUGUGUCCCCUUCAGUGUGAGUGCUGUGGCCAAGUUCGACCCCACUACGGUGCCCACGAUCACACAGCUGCUCCACGAGAUCAACGCCUUCGAUGAUAAGAGCAAGAGCUACAUGGAGGCGCCGGAGGACAAGAGCCGCAUCAAGGACCACAAGAAGACCAGCAUGUUCAAGGGUGUGGUGGUCUUCGAGGAGUUCCUGCGCAAACUGGAGCGCAGCCUAAAACCAGCCAAUAUGCAGUUUUGAAUAUUUGAAGCUCUUAAAAUUAGCUAAGAUAAGAAAAUAAAAAUGUUUUAAUUUUUAAGUA